AUGACAUCCGUCUUAUCAUCGCUCUUCUCACGCGAUCCGAAAAGUAUAUUCCCGUAUGAGCUACCAGCUAACAGUUUCUACACUUUUGAUGGCAUAUUCGUCGGAGAAAGUUUUAAAAAAACUGAACCCUCGGAACGUGCUACUUGUUUCUGGGCAACAUUAUCUGACUGUGGUCCGGGAUUGGUGCUAAAAGCUCAAGCACGUAAACUGAAAACUCUUCGGCAUCCAAAUGUUCUUGCUUAUUUGGAUAGUACUGAGAUGAAUGGUACUUUUUAUCUGAUAACCGAAGCUUGCGUACCUCUAAAAAUUUACAUUACGGAAAGUAAAAUAGCUGAUAAGCAAAAGGAUUUUGUUGUUUCCUGGGGUCUAUUUCAGCUGAUGAGCUGUUUAAAAUUCCUGCAUCAAGAAGCUGAAUUAAGUCACGAAAAUGUCCGAUAUUCUGUUUACGUAACAGAAAGUGGAGAUUGGAAACUUGGUGGUUUUGAGAAGUCAGUCAGUUUCAGUAAUCCACGUGUUGAUCUUAAUUCAUUUGCAUUACUUACAUGGGAAAUUUUCAAUGGUUUCAAUGAAUCAAUGACGAAAACAGAAGCACCAAAAAAAAUUCCGCAACAACUGCAUGAACAUUAUAAAAAGAUGGCUACUAACCGAGCAGCAAAACUAGAUACUGUGGAAUUGUUGAGGGAAUUGCGUCAAGCAGGUGGCUUUUUCAAGAAUCGAUAUGUGGAUACACUGCUGUUUUUGGAUGAAUUUCAACUGAAAGAUGCUCAUGAAAAGCAAGCAUUCUUCACCGAACUAAGAGACGAAUUGGAUUUUUUUCCUGAUAACAUUGCCAAAUAUAGAAUUCUUCCAAAAUUAAUACAUAUUUACGAAUACGGUGAUGCGGGAUCACAUGUCUUGACGCCACUGUUUCAUUUGGGGCGUUUGUUGAAUGAAGACGAAUAUCAACUUCGUAUUGUGCCUUGCAUUUGUAAAUUAUUUAGUUCGCCGGAUCGUAUAACACGCGUAAAGUUAUUAGAACGAAUCGACGAAUUUGCAUCUCAUUUAACGCCUCAAAUUGUUAACGAACGGAUAUAUGGGAAUGUUGCAUCUGGUUUUACGGAUACAAAUCCAGCUAUUCGUGAAAGUACAGUGAAAGCAGUAGUUUCGUUGGCUGAUAAAUUGAAUAAUUAUAAUUUAAAUAGUGAUCUGAUGCGGCAUUUAGCAAGAUUACAGGGCUCAGAUGAUCAACCUGGCAUUCGAACAAAUGCAACUAUUUGUCUCGGUAAAAUUGGUUGUUACAUUGAUCCAAGUCAUCGUCAGCAGAUCUUAGUCAGUGCUUUCACUCGUGCACUUAAAGACCCAUUUCCCCCGGCUAGAAUGGCAGCUAUCUUGGCACUUAGUGCUACUCAACAGUACUAUUCAUUACUAGAAGUUGCAAAUCGUGUAUUACCAGCCUUAUCAUCGGUGACAUGUGAUCGGGAAAAGCAGGUUAGAGAUCAAAGUUUCAAAGCGAUGCAUGGAUUCAUCGAAAAAUUAGAAAGGGCUAGCGAAAAUCCAGAAUUAAUAGUAGAACUUGAAGCACAAGUAAAAGCUGGUGGAAAAAGUGGUUUGCUUAGCAGUGAUAAGGUACCUCAAUGGGCCAGCUGGGCGUUAAAGUCACUUUCAGGCAAAUUCUAUAAGUACUCUCCUUCAAUACAAAAUCAAGUUGAGUUAAUGCAUAAACAAGAGACAUCCAUUAGUGAACCAGUAUCUUCUACAAGAGCAGCUGAAUUAAGACUAUAUGGUACAUCAUCAAUAAAACUUGCAAGUGAUGGUUGGAGUGAAACAGACGAUAGAUUUUGUGUAGAAACUGAAGAAGAAUGGGAGGAUGAUAGUGAUUCACUAACAACAAGUACCACAAGCACGAACGGUGGAUGGGAUGACGAGCAGAAAAAAGUAAAAACUGCCAAAGGUAAAACAUCAACUAAGACAUCGUCGAAUCCACGUGGGAAAUCAUCAGGAAAGGGUGGUUUGAAAUUGCAGCAUGCCGUCACAAAACCUGCUGUUGAAGAUGAUCUGGAUUAUUUGUUGGGUAUUAAACUCAAGCCGAAUGCAGUUGAUCGAUUAAGUGAUAGUGAAAUUACGAAUAAGAGUACAUUUGCUGUCAAGAACAGCAGUAAUACAGUGACAGAUGGUUGGGGUGAUAGUUCGACUAUAAGCAGCUGGGGUGAUUUCGAUUUUAGUUCAGUAGUGGAAGAUGAGGAUUGGAAUAUUUCAUGGAAUAGCGAUGAAUAUGUUCAAGGUACAGAGAUUUCAUCGGCAGCAGAAAGUAAAAAAAUGUGUCGAGCAAAAAUCGCAGCAAAAAAUGAGGCUCGUCGUAAGGAAAUGGCUAGAAAGCGAGCUGCUCGAGGUAUUGAUUGCACUCAAGCUACAUCCCAUUAA